AUGAAUUUAAUCACCUCCACCCUCUCUAUCGCAAUUCUCCUAACAAUCCUACUAGCCAUAGUAUCUUUCUGAAUCCCCCAAAUAAGCCCAGAUACUGAAAAACUAUCUCCAUAUGAAUGUGGUUUCGACCCCCUCGGAUCAGCACGUCUUCCAUUCUCCCUACGCUUUUUCUUAGCGGCUAUUCUAUUUUUACUCUUUGACCUAGAAAUUGCUCUUCUACUACCCCUCCCCUGAGGAGACCAAUCUAUCUUACCUACCCAAACCUUCAUAUGAGCCUCAAUCAUCCUCAUCCUACUAACACUCGGCCUAAUUUACGAGUGGAUACAAGGGGGCCUAGAAUGAGCCGAAU